AUGGAUGGUCAUGAAGUUGUGAGACUAAUGACAGAAAAACCACCAGCACAUUGUAUUCUGAAAAUUGAAUCAUUCUCGGUGUUUCAAGAUGCAUCCAUAUAUAAGUGUAAUGAAGCUAGUUUUAAAUCGAUAGCAUUUGGCACGGGGGGCUAUACAUGGGUUCUGUCUGUUUUUCCUAAAGGGAACAAGCAAGAACACGUAGACGAUCACCUCUCAGUUUAUGUGACAUUGGUUGAUAAACUCGCACCUGAUGCAAGAGAGAAGCGAUUCCAUUAUUUGAAAAAUACAUGGGGAGUCUCUAAAUUUCUUCCCAUUUCUACUUUCAAUGAUCCGGAAAAUGGAUUUUUGGUGGAUGAUUACUGUGUAUUUGGUGCUGAGGUUUUUGUCCUCAAAAACCAGGCCAAGAUAUCUACUAUGUCGAUUCCGGAAGAAGAUUGUGUCAGGAGCUAUACCUGGAGAAUUAAGAAUUUUACAUUGACGACUGCUCCAACAAAUUUGUAUUCUCCUCUAGACAGUAGCUCAGGGCUAAAUUACGGCAACAAACUGUAUGUUGAAUAUUUUCUUAAGCUCAAAAACCAGCGCGAAGGAGAAAACCACCAGAAACUCUGUUAUCAAUGGUUUUCUGCAAGUGAAAACAGAUGUGGCUCUUCAGCCUUUCUGUCUAUCAAUGAUCUACUUUAUUCUUCAAAGGGCUACUUAGUAAGCAACACUUUGAUUGUUGAAGUUUGUGUUGAGAAGAUGUUUUUGCUGAAGGAUUAG